AUGUCAACCCCAGCCCAAGAAGAAUUCAACCAGCUGGUAAACAGCAAACAAACCCUCACCACCCACCCCGAAGACCUAAACUACGACCGCUCCUCCUCCUCUUCCCCCCACCACUCCGACACAGCCGACAACAAAGCCGACUCCUCCGACGAAGACUCCGACAACAUGGUCUCCGCGCGGGCGCCAACCUACCACAUCCCCAACACCAUCUACGAAGCCAACACGGGCCCCAAAGGCGUAAUCGCCGACGCACAAGCCUUCGAGCGCGCACGCAAACGCUCCUUCCGUCGCACCCUGCUCUCAGUCGCGGGUCUGGACUCGAACUCGAAUGGCUCCGGCUCGUAUGGCUCGAAGCCGCAGGAUUCCGGCGAACAGUCUUCUGCGUCCGAGGAUGAUGAUGAAUCCCGGUUUAUGAGGAAGUGGCGCAUGUCGAGGAUGCAGGAGUUGCAGGGGAGGAAUAAUAGACGGCCUAGUCCGAGGGGACGAAGGUACGGGACUGUGGAGACUGUUGAUGCGGUGGGCUAUUUGGAUGCUAUUGAGAAGGUUACUUCGGAUACGGUGGUUGUUGUUUGUAUUUAUGAUCAUGAGUCCGACGACAGCGCCAUUGUCGAGGAAUGUCUCGUUACUAUCGCCCGCAGACAACCGAUUGUGCGGUUUGUCAAGAUGCAUCGCGAUAUCGCCGAGAUGGAUCAUAUCCAGGCGCCUGCUUUACUGGCGUAUCGGGGUGGUGAGGUCUUCGCUACUGUCGUUGAUAUUCUGCGCAAUAUCCCGCGUGGACGCAGUUGCAGUGCGGAUAGUUUGGAGGAUUUGUUGAAGAUGCACCGUGUGCUAUGA